AUGCUCGGCCUUGUCGCGACAGCCGCAGAGGCCCGCAACAGCUUUCAAUUACCAGAAUUUGGCAGCGAGACCGCCGUUCAGAUUGCCACUCAGCUAUAUCAACACGCAGAAAAGCCUCAUGCAAAGUCCCAAGGCUGGCCUGGUAAAUGGUACCUCGUCACUUCGCUCGCCGUCGCUUUAGCCGCCCUCCGUUAUACCUUCCUCUACUACAAGGGCUCACCCUGGCGUAAUCGCUUCGAUGCAGCCUGCCAAAGGUUCUAUCAUCGAGUCUAUUAUGGAGGCAAGGAGUGGAUUCACAGCGUUUCUAUUCUCCCGCAAACCUGUAUCAACAGAGCAGGAAGCAUCUAG